AUGCCAACUAAAAUUACUGAAAAAACGGAGCAUCCUAAACCUACUAAUGGUCAUUUAACUGCCAAAGAUGAUAUUGCUCGGCGAAAGUUAAGAGAUUUAGAUAAAGCCGUAAGUUUAGAAGAAUUAGCCCAAAUUCCGAGUAAUCGUUUACACAGACUUCUCGGAGAUAGAAAAGGUCAAAGAAUUAUUAUGAACAAAAAUAAAAAAUUGACUCCUUUACAUCCCGGCGAAAUGUUACGGGAAGAAUUUCUUGUUCCCUUAAAAAUGAAACCGGAAGAUCUUGCCAAAAAAAUUGGUGUUUCUAGUUUACAGCAAGCUUACGAAAGGGAAUGUCUAGAAGAUAUUUUAGAAAACCAAGAAAAACGGAUCAAAAAGCAAAUUACUCCUUUAUCUACUAAUAAAAAUUCACGUUCUAUUUCCCUUUCUUCUAAAUCUUCCAAUAUUUUAGGUGUAGUAGAAGGAUUUUCGAGUAGUAUUCCGUUUGUUGGUGGUCUUGUCCAAAAAGCUGUCGGAGACCUUAAAGAUGGUUUAAAUAAAGCCAAUGAAAAAAUUGAAGCCCAAGGUAAAGCUCUCCAAGGUCAAAUUAACAAUCAAGAGUUAACCGAAGCUAUUAACACCGUUGAAGAAAAAUUAACCAAAGCUCAACAAGAACUCCAAAAAGAACUUGACGAAUUCAAACAAGAAGUUAACGAAAGAUUUGAACAACAAGAACAAAAAAUUAAAGAAAAUACCCUUAAAAUAGACGAAGAAAAAUACCAAAGAGAAGAAGAGGUUAAAGAAAUAAAAACUAAGAUAAAUAUUGCUCGUCAAGCAACUGACAAUCUUAAAAAAGAACUAGAAGAAAAUAAUGAACAAUUUCAGCAAAAACAAAAAGAACUAAAUCAUAAAUUAGAAGAAACUCAACAAGAUUUUGAAGAUUAUCAAGCUGAAACGAGUUCUAAAUUCAAAAUCCAAGAAACUAAAUAUCAACAAUCCUUAGAAGAAAUUAAAGAAGAAUUUGAAACUAAAUCUCGACAAGUAGAUGCUAAGUUAAAAGAUAACCAAGAAAUUCUUACUGAACACGAAGAAGAUCUCGCUAAUGUCAAAUAUGAACAAAAAAAGCAAAACAUUCUUAACCAAGAAUUAGCCGAGAAUAUCCAAGAAACUAAUGAUAUCUUAUUUGCUCAAAAAAGAAAAUUAAACUUAGUUGCUCAACAAAUGGAUGAUAUUCAAGAAGAAGUCCAUUUACGAAUGGAUAAAAUCUCUAAGGAAGUCAACCAAAAAACUGAACAAACUUUAAACAUUGCCAAGGAUGCUACUAAGAAAGUUGACCGGUUAACCAAAGACGUCCAACAAAUGAGGGAUGACUUGGAAAAUUUUGAGGAACAAAUCCAAAAAAACAAAGAAGACUUGGAAAAAACCAAACAAGAAGCUCAAUGA